AUGUCCAUCGAUGUACUCCCAACUGAGCUUUUGACAAAGAUCACCGGCUGGUUUGAGCAACCUGAAUGGUUUGCCCUAAGGCUUGCCUCCAGAGCAUUGUACUCCAAAUCCCUGGACGCCUUCGCUGACUAUUAUUACAAGACUGUGUGUCUCCUUGUCACCAGCGAAAGUAUUCAGAAAUUGAGAGAUAUCGCCACGAAUGACGACAUCCGCGCCCGAGUCAAAGAGCUUUUGAUUACCCCAGUCUUAUUUGAUGGUCGGUACCAUAUGAGCUAUCCUGUCUUCGCCACGUCAGAAUUCGGAAACCUAGGGCGGACUCGCCGUGCUGCAAGAACUUUACCGCCGCCCCGCUAUGCCUGGACUCAUGUCGAACUUGAAGCUCGCUAUGCGGCAUAUCAGGCAAUAGCAGCAGAUCACGAAAAACUACUUCAAUCUGACGUCCUGGGAGAAACUCUCCGGAGUUGUAUGGUACGCUUUGAGAAUAUUCGCUGCAUCGGUUUACGACCCUACUCCACCGCGUACCUACUGGACUCAGAUAACGGUGUCCAGGCCCGCGGUCUAGGCAGUCUACACGAUCAUUUAGUUUGUGAAUACAAAUCCCCACUGAAGUACCACCGUACUCACUUGUCAAUUGUCCUCAGAACUGACUCCAAUUCUUCGCCCCCUGAUUCGCCCCUCGUGUGUGUUCCCGCGCCUGUAGGGCCGGGCCGUCGCCCGUAG